AUGGCCCGGGACGCGUCCGGUAGCAUCGAUGACAGCCAAGAGGCAUCGAGUGACAGUGAGGCCGGUGUGCAUUUCCCACCGGACAAUUACACAGUCGGCUGGAUAUGUGCCCUGAAAUGCGAGCUGAAAGCAGCACGCGCGAUGCUGGAUGAAGAACACCCAGCACUAAUGGUUCAGUCAGAGCAGGACGGAAAUAACUAUCUUUUGGGACGUAUUGGGCAGCACAAUGUUGCAAUUACCUCACUCCCUCAAGCUGGCACCAAUCGUGCAGCCACUGCGGCCAAAUCAAUGCAAAACACCUUUCCAAAUAUCAGGUUCUGCCUAAUGGUUGGCGUGGGAGGUGGUGUACCUGGCAAGGACUCUUCCUGGAACGAUGUUCGGCUUGGCGACAUUGUUGUGUCGGAGCCGACCGAGCAAGGUGGGGGAGUUAUUCAAUACGACAUGGGCAGGCGGAAAGUUGAUGGGUUUCAUCGUUUGGGAACUCUCAACAAGCCGCCGGGUCUAUUGCUAUCAGCAAUGAACACCCUGCACACGACUAAGAACCUGAGCAGAGCUAUCUCAGAUCUAGUCAAUGACAAGUUUAUCGAUGAAGAGGAUCCGGACGAAGAAUGGACAUAUCCCAAGAGAGCAAGGGAUGUUCUCUUCAACACCGAUUAUUAUCAAACCACCAAGAGCAACGACCUUUUGGUCGCAUGUGGUGCUGCAUUAUUACUCCCCGCCACUUACUUGCAGGUAUGGCGUGGGGAUACCGAGAACACACCGUGGGGUCUAUCAAUUCUUCUUUGGACCUGUUGUACCAUGUCUUGUGCAUGGAUUGUCGGCAUAUGGUAUCUCAGAUCCAAGCCAGCACGUCGAUCUUCCCGACCAACGAACAUGCCAAAGAUCCACUAUGGUAACAUCGGUUCUGGGAAUUCCGUGGUCAAGAACGGCGUGGAGCGGGAUGAACUCGCCAAGAGAGACAAUGUUAUAUGUUUCGAAAUGGAGGCCGCUGGUAUCAUGGACGAUUUCCCAUGCUUGGUUAUACGCGGUAUCAGCGAUUAUGCCGACUCAUACAAGAGGUGGGACUGGCAACCGUAUGCUUCUGCUGUGGCUGCAGCAUACGGCAAGAAGCUACUUCUCACUAUAUCACCUAUUGGAGUGAAGGAAAUGAAAUCCAUGAGGCAGAUAACGGAGGGAGUUCAAAGAAUAGAAAAGCAAACCCAAGAGCUUGUUCGUAAUCAGCAACUUCAAGAAGAAGAGAGAUACUUAAACUGGCUGACCCCAAUCGACCACGGCAGUAAGCAUCGUGAUGUUCUUCGCCAGAGACAAGCGGAAACGGGUCACUGGGUUCUUGAAUCAGAGGAAUUCCAUGAGUGGCUAUGUGCCACUAAGCCCGAAACCUUACUCUGUCCGGGGAUACCUGGAGCGGGGAAAACAUUCAUAGCUGCAACCAUCAUCGAUCACCUCCAGCAACAAUUUCGAGACGAUCCAGACAUUGCUGUCAUUUUUAUCUACUUCGAUUUUAAUCGACAGUACGAGCAGACGGCUGACAACCUGAUUGCAAGCUUGGUAAAGCAGUUAACUCGCCUACGACCUGGAGCCCUGUCACGUCUCUAUCAAGAUCACCAGAGAAACCAGACAAAACCCUCGUGGGAGGAAAUUCUUAAGACUCUCCAUACCGUGACUGCUUCGUACACAAAGGUAUUUCUUGUCAUCGAUGCUGUCGAUGAGUGCCAGAACAAUGGUACGCGUAAACUGUUUCUCCAAGCCAUAUUUGAUCUUCAAGCCCAGACAAGCACAAGCAUUCUGGGAACCUCUAGGCAUGAUACAGAGAUCCAGCAAAGGUUUCAAAACAGUACUGUAUUAGAGAUACAUGCCGGAAAUCACGAUAUCGAGCGAUACAUAGAUGGCAACAUGCACAAGUUGCCACAAUUUGUGGAAAACAAUCAUGAGCUUUCCAGCAAGAUCAAGACAGAGAUUAUUAAUCGGGUAAACGGGAUGUUUCUACUUGCGGCACUUUAUAUGGACUUCCUAAUUGGACAAAUCUCAGAGAAUGACAUCAUGGAGGUAUUUUCUUUGUUACCAACUGGACGGCAAGCGUAUGAUGAAGCGUAUGAGCGAUGCAUGGGGCGAAUCGAGCGUCAGAAUGGCAAGCGCAAAGACCUAUUUAAAAGGCUUCUAUCCUGGGUCACUUGUGCCGUGAGGCCAAUGAAAGAGUCUGAACUCGAACAUGCACUCGCAGUCAAGAUCGGACAGUCCGGUCUUGAUAAAGGUGAUAUUCCGCAGGAGAUGGUGGAGGUUUGUGCUGGAUUGGUCAGAAUUGAUCCUGAGAGCCGAGAGAUUCGCCUGGUCCAUUUUACCACCAAAGAAUACUUUCAGAGAACACAGGAACGCUGGUUCCCAGACACACAGUACGUUAUUACCAUGACAUGCAUCACUUAUUUGGCCUUUGAUAUCUUUCAGAGCGGAAUAUGUGAGAGAGUGCAAGAGAUGGAAGCACGCAUUCGAUGCAACCCCUUCUACAUCUAUGUGGCACAGUACUGGGGCCGACACGCACGUCAUGCAUCCCAGAUACAGGAAGAGGUGACAGUUGACUUUCUCACGAACUUGGCAAAAGCGGAGGCUUGCGCCCAGGCUAUGGAAUACAGCCUGUCGCCGCAGGAGUCUCGAAGUAUGACCGGGCUGCAUCUUGUAGCCGGCUUUGGAUUAAAUGAUAUCCUUGAGCUCCUGCUACGGGCUGGGUGCGACCCUACGAUUAAAAACGGCAUGGGUUCCACGCCGCUAUCAAUUGCUGCAAAAAUGGGAUGGGCUGACACCGUCAGGCGGUUUCUCAUUAUAAAGAACGUGGACAUAAAUGCAAUCGACGUGUUUGGAGUUACCGCGUUGAUUCAUGCCGCAAAGCUUGGGCACCGUUCUGUCGUGAAGGAGCUUCUUCAACAUUCGGCUAUUAAGAUCAAUAUUCGAGGCCCACAUACAGGGUCGGCUUUAUCGGUUGCCGCGGAGAAGGGCCACACACAGGUCGUGAACCUGUUGCUGAAGAAGAAAGAAAUAAACGUCAAUGAUGAGGAUGCAGAUGGAAACACAGCAUUGGACAAAGCGGCAAAAGCCGGGAAAGACGAAGUGGUGGAACAACUUCUCACAGCAGCGGACAUCGAUACAGACCACGCUGGCCGUGACGGGAGUACCGCUUUGAUGCUCGCAUCCAUGCAAGUAAAUGUGGCGAUAAUGAAACGUCUGUUGGAACAUGGAGCAGACUGGGGAAAGCAAGGUCUCCGUGGCAGAACCGCUCUCCAUCUCGCCGUCGAUAUAGGUUGCCUGGAGGGCGUCAAGCUGUUGGCAAGUAAGAAGUACAGAGUUAAUCUGGAUACUCAGAACAACUCCGGCUAUACAGCACUACAUGUUGCAUCACAGGCAAUAGACUGGCUUGGAGGGCCGCAGGAGGAGAUCGCCGCGAUACUCCUUGCCAAUGGUGCCGAUGCCGGUGCGAAGACACUUUCGGGGAUGACCGUCAAGGAUCUCACGGUGACAGAUCUCCAGGAGUCGUUGACUAAAUUGCAGAGAAUUCAACAGGUGGAUCCUAGAUGUGAGGUAGAUACUGUCAAGCUGCCGAAGCUUCACGCGCGGAUCGUGAGUGUUCAAAGAGAAACAUGGAACGUUCUUCUUAAACCACGGAGGCUUUCGAAUUAUACCAUAUUAUUUUUCCCAUCGGAUACGCCUCUGCCCUCCUCUGACAUCUUUAUGAUUACGGAAACCAAGAUCGCCAAGCACCUCGACACAGUUGAAAACUCAAUUGUUCGACUGCGCGAUAUAUUAUAUGAUGUUUUAUCGAAAUGCCUCAAGUUUUAUCUCAAGGAUCUCGCAGACAUCUCGGCAACUCAUACAGGGACAGCCCUUCUGGAGUUUUAUGUUAAAAAGUGGUUUUUGUUUGGUGUUUCUACUUAUUCCCUCAUACAUUGGUACCGCCCCCUUGAUCUUUGGGUACAAACGCAGCAACAAAGGAAUGGAAAUAUUGCGAAGACUCACAGGCUAUGCUUUAAACAUUGGAGAAAUGACUUUUUCCUUUUGGUGAGGGAGCGCCUUCUUGAAGCAUGGCAGGAAUUGCGACAGAAUGGUAAGGCCCUCGAUUUUAUCAAGCAGGAGAGAAUUAACAGUCGCGCAUUGCCACAAUAUGCCCAGGACAUGGCUCCUUCAAGUAUUUAUAAAUUGUAA